AUGACAAUGUCUCAAAAACGGCCAUAUUUGUUUCUAGUUGUUGGUGCACAUGGGGUCGGCAAGACUUCUUUGUUAGCCGAGUUCAUUUGGCCGCGUACCUCUCAUGAAGACCAGCUCUGGCAAAUCCAAGAAGCGAGAGCUGAAAAUAUAGAUAUUGAUGGCCGCGAGGUCAAACUUGUGCUAAGAGACUCGAUGGGUCGAGACUACUACGAUGCUUUUCGACCUCUUUUGUAUCCUGCGGUUUCGAUGGUGCUAGUAUGUUUUGCUGUCAACGAUCGGCUUUCGUUUGUUCAAGCCCAGACCAAGUUCUUAAGGGAGUGUAAAGAGUAUGCCCCUGGUGUACCUUACAUUUUGGUUGGAUGCAAAUCUGAUACCAGGGAAGAACGGAUUGAGCUCUUGCUUGUACUGAAGGAGGAAGCAAAUCUUGCAGCCACAGGAAUGAAAGCUUACAGAUACAUGAAAUGUUCGGCUACGGCCCACGAAGGUGUGAGAGAAGUUUUUGAAACGGCUACAAGAUUAUGCAUGCGGUUAGAAUAUGACCAACACUACAAGAAACAGAGCAGAAAAAUUGCUAAAAUGCUGAAAAAAUGUUCGAUAAUGUGA